AUGCAUCCCAUGCCCAUUGUUACCCUGGGAUUGCUCCUGGAGCUGCUCAUUAUUGGUGUAGCCCAUGGCGGCGAGGUUACGGAUGGCACUGUAGCUGCCGCCAACCCGGGGGAUACAUGCGAAUCCUUUGCGAAGCAAUGGCAUAUUUCCAUCGAGACGUUUAAAAUGUUGAACCCCGAUGCCACCUGUCCUAACCUUGUAUGGGAUGAUUCUUACUACAUUUCCGGUACCUAUCAGUCAGACACAGAUACGACUUCUUCCACAUCAAUCACCCUACGAAAUAACAUAUCUUCUCCCACGUCUUCAUCUAUAGCCACCCCGUCCACUACGAAGCCAGGCCACGCGAAGGAAAGCGAUAGGUCGCCUCAAGGAUCGUCCGGUAACAGAUUGCGGCAACCUCUGGCUGGUCUGCUACGUCUGCGUUCACACUCCUAG